UAUUAUAAAUUAGUGCGAAACAAGUAUAUAUUCUUUCGUUACAACUUAUUUCUGCUUAUUACAACUUAAGUCCAUUUAUUGCAUUAGUGUCACUAGUUUUGAAGUUGCUUGAAAAGAAACAGUUUGUAGCGUGUCGAAUCAGUCGUGCGAUAACACUCUGAGCUGUAAGACGUAUAAGUAGAAGAGCAGGCGAAGUGAUUACACAUUACCAUACGUGAUCAUGGAUUACACUAGGUUUUUCGCCAAGGUCACGACUAGACGAAAAUCGAACCUAAUUAGAAAGUUAGUCGACAUACAAUCAACGCUGCAGAACCCUAUAAGUCUAGCCGCUGGUUUCCCAAACACUGCUACGUUUCCCAUCAAAAGUAUAUCUGUGACAUAUGAGAACAACGUCUCGUUGAAUCUCACCAAACCAGAAGUGUCUACAGCAUUGCAAUAUUUGCCUUCACAAGGUUAUAAACCGUUACUGGAAAAAUGGCGCGAGUUUCAGAAAAUAUGGCAUACACCAAAACAAAAGGACUGGGAUAUCAUCUUUACCAACGGUUCUAUGGACGCUUGCAGUAAAAUCUUUGAGAUGAUGAUUGACGAAAAUGAACCGAUUAUGCUUCAGUCACCAUUAUAUAGUGGAACAAUUGGAGCGCUACUGCCAUUGCAACCGGACAUUGUAGAGAUCGCUCAAGAUGCUGACGGAAUAAUUCCCGAACAAAUCGCUGAAGCAUGCGAGCAACGACGUGUGAGUGGUAAACCGAUGCCAAAGUUACUUUAUGUUAACCCAACGGGAGCGAAUCCGUCGGCCACCGUAUUGUCGGAGAGUCGACGAAGGAAAGUGUACGAAUUGGCGCAAAAAUACGAUUUCCUGAUAGUCGAGGACGACGCCUAUUACUUCAUUCACUUUUUGGAUAAACAGCCCACGUCGUUUUUAUCCCUUGACACCGACGGUCGUGUGAUCAGACUGGACACAUUCAGCAAGAUUGUGAGCUCCGGUAUCCGUAUAGGUGCUGUUACCGCACACAAAAAAGUCGUGGAGAAAAUGAUUAUUCAUAUGGAGAAUACUAGCCUACAUUCAUCGUCUGUGUCUCAAAUGCUUCUUUAUAAACUUUUCGAGAUUUGGGGACCGCAGAAAUUUGAAGAACAUUUCAAAAACGUUCAAGCAUUUUACCGUCAACGACGUGAUGUAAUGCUGGUGUUGAUUAAAAAACAUUUGACUGAUCUGGCAGAAUGGGAUAUACCGCAAGGUGGAAUGUUUGUUUGGUUAAAAGUGACAGCUGUGAAAAAUACAAUGGAUUUAGUAAUUAAUAAAUGUCUACCCAAUGGUAUUUUUGUACUUCCUGGAAAUAUUUUCUAUUAUGAUUCUUCAAAAUCCUCCCGAUAUUUAAGAUUAUGCUAUAGUCAUGCCACAGAUGAAGAUAUUGACAAGGGAUUAUCUAUAGUGGCCAAAGUAAUACGCGAAGAAAUAGCGGAGAAAGCGAAGAAAGUUUAAUUAUAACAAAUAAUUAUUAUCAUACACAUAUUUUCCGUAAAGUAUAAUUAUUUUUUGUAAUUUAUUUGAUACGUUUUAUGUCUUUUAUGCUUAUAUAUAUAUAUAAAUGAGA